CCUUCCGGCUUCUGACGCAGUUCCGUGUUGCUGGGCGCGCGCGGUGGAUGGUCUGAAGCUGAGAGCCCGGCUCUUUCUGGGGCUCGGCGGGUCUGGAGCCCCGGCAUGGCUUCGUCACGAGCCUCCUCCACGGCGACCAAGACUAAGGCACCUGACGACCUCGUGGCCCCCGUGGUGAAGAAACCGCACAUCUACUAUGGAAGCUUGGAGGAGAAGGAAAGGGAGCGCCUGGCCAAAGGAGAAGCCGGAAUUUUAGGAAAAGAAGGACUCAAAGCAGGAAUCGAGGCAGGAAAUAUUAAUAUCGCCUCCGGUGAAGUAUUUGAAAUUGAAGAGCACAUCAGUGAGCGACAGGCAGAAGUAUUGGCCGAGUUUGAAAGGAGGAAGCGAGCACGGCAGAUCAAUGUUUCCACAGAUGACUCAGAGGUCAAGGCUUGCCUGCGAGCCUUGGGGGAGCCUAUCACACUCUUUGGAGAGGGCCCAGCUGAAAGAAGAGAAAGAUUAAGAAAUAUUCUCUCAGUGGUUGGUACUGAUGCCUUAAAAAAGACCAAAAAAGAUGAUGAGAAGUCCAAAAAAUCCAAAGAAGAGUAUCAGCAAACGUGGUACCACGAAGGACCCAACAGCCUCAAGGUGGCCAGGCUGUGGAUCGCCAACUAUUCCCUGCCCAGGGCAAUGAAACGCUUGGAAGAGGCUCGGCUCCAUAAAGAGAUACCAGAGACAACGCGGACCUCCCAGAUGCAAGAGCUGCACAAGUCUCUCCGGUCUUUGAAUAAUUUCUGCAGUCAGAUUGGAGAUGAUCGGCCUAUCUCCUACUGUCACUUUAGUCCCAAUUCUAAAAUGCUGGCCACGGCUUGUUGGAGUGGACUUUGCAAGCUCUGGUCUGUUCCUGACUGCAACCUCCUCCACACUCUGCGAGGCCAUAACACAAAUGUAGGAGCUAUUGUAUUCCAUCCCAAAUCCACCGUGUCCUUAGACCAAAAAGAUGUCAACCUGGCCUCUUGUGCUGCCGAUGGUUCAGUGAAGCUCUGGAGCCUUGAGAGUGAUGAACCCGUGGCAGAUAUUGAAGGUCACACAGUGCGUGUGGCCCGAGUUAUGUGGCAUCCAUCAGGACGUUUUCUGGGCACUACCUGUUACGAUCGUUCCUGGCGCUUGUGGGAUUUGGAGGCCCAGGAGGAGAUCCUGCACCAGGAAGGCCACAGCAUGGGUGUGUACGACAUAGCUUUCCAUCAAGAUGGCUCUUUAGCUGGCACUGGGGGACUGGAUGCAUUUGGUCGAGUUUGGGACCUGCGCACAGGACGUUGUAUCAUGUUUCUAGAAGGCCACCUCAAGGAAAUCUAUGGAAUAAAUUUCUCCCCCAAUGGCUACCACAUUGCGACUGGCAGCGGCGACAACACCUGCAAAGUGUGGGACCUGCGACAGCGGCGCUGUGUCUACACCAUCCCUGCCCAUCAGAACUUGGUGACCGGUGUCAAGUUUGAGCCUAUCCAUGGGAACUUCUUGCUCACUGGUGCCUAUGAUAACACAGCUAAGAUCUGGACCCACCCCGGCUGGUCCCCACUGAAGACUCUGGCUGGGCAUGAAGGCAAAGUGAUGGGCCUAGACAUUUCUGCUGAUGGGCAGCUCAUAGCCACUUGCUCAUAUGACAGGACCUUCAAGCUCUGGAUGGCUGAAUAGACAGAGGACAGUGGAAAAAGACUCUAACUUGAAGCUGUUAAGGAGCCAUUUUUCUCAAAACAGUUGAUGUAUUUUGUUCUAUCAUGUUUUCUGCCCAUUACCGUGUGUAGACCUGCAGUAGAAUGGGAUUUACGUGUCAGUUCCCACUGUAGGCAGGCAGGUGCACCCAUUUCACUGUUGAGAAUGACUUGUCACACUCAGGCCCUGCCACACACUGUGUAGACAUUUAUUAAUCUUUUGUUCGAAUGCC